UUGACAUCCUGUCACAACUCACGACAGCCACGCACCGCCGAUCUUGUUCUCAUUCAAUAAUCCUAGAGACGCAGAGGCCCCCCUGAUCUGCAGAGAGAUUUUGCAACGAUAUGGGGUAAUCUCUAAGCGAGUACCGCGGACGGUUGAUCCAAGUGCAUCCCGCAGGAUGGGGAACGACGGUUUAAAGAGAGCGAUCCCGCCAGAGAAGAUCGCUGGAUUGAGUUGCACAGCUUGGUUGUUACACAUAGUCAAGGAUGCAUGCUAAGUACAUCCUCGCGCUGAUCGGCGCAGCAGCAGCUGGGCCCUUGGAAGGCCUUCGUGGGGGACUUGAGAAGCGAGGUGUCACCCCAAUUCCCCCUCUUCAAAUUGCCAAGGGUGAGAAAUUCAUCGGCGCCCCCGCAGUCGCCAAACCCCUCGAUGCCAAGGUCGCAUUCAGCCCCAAUGCCAUGAACAUGCACCAAGAUGGUGGCAACACCGGCACCAUUGGUCUCCCUGGCCCCCUUGGGAAGGACCUCAAGUUGACCACGGCAGUUGGGGGCCUGCACAUUUUGCUGUGGACGCGUAAGGGUCAGAUGGUAGUGGGCUAUACGACCUUGAGCUUGUCGGGGCUGAAAUGGGGCAUCGCGGCCGUUGGGGAGGACAUGGGUGUGCAGGCGGAAUGGUAUCCUGAGGUGGACGGACAGACGCUCAACGUAGCCUACAUGGAGUUGAUGCUGGAGACGAACGAGCUGGUCGUCACGUCCAAAGAGGGCCAGAUUUACAUCAUCAAGGUCAAUGAGGACGACGAGGAGCCGACGCUGGAGCUCCAGCAAAUGAUCAACUUGACGUCGACUCUCGGCAAGGGCGAGAUGCUCAUGAACGCCAUGUACGACUCGGAGCAAAACCUCUGGUUCAGCAGCGGCGGGCUGCGCGAGAAUGGUGGCCACGGUGACUCGGCCCAGAACAGCUCCACGAUCGGUUACCUCGAGAAGGGAGGCAUGGGCGUGAUCCACGAGCUCCACAUCGAGGACCAGAUGAUCGAGAACGGCAUUGCCGUGGACGGGACCACCGCGUACGUCAUCACCGGCCCUUCCGGCAAGCAGGACAAGGCCGGUGCGAAAGGGUACUUCAUGGCCUUCGGUCCCGGCAAGGACAAGACGCUCACAACCCACUGGAAAGUGACGUACGACGCGGGCGACAAGAAGAAGCCCGGCUCGUUUUCGCGUGGGUCAGGCGCGACGCCCGCGCUCAUGGGCGACCAGUAUGUCGCAAUGACGGACGCAAAGGAAGGCCAGUCACAGCUGGUGAUCUACCACCAGAAGGCGCAGAAAGACGCCGAGUCGCAGGUUGUGUGCAGCGUGCCGGUCUUCCCCGAGACCGGGAGCAAGGUCGACAUCGCGCCGCUGGUUCACAAGCAGGGUGACACGUACAGCGUGUACCUGUGCAACGGGUACAACGCGCCCCCGCUGUUUUACGCCGACACGGGCACCCUCAACGGCAAAUGGAACAACCUGACGCAGAUGACGCCGGGCGUUGCGCGCAUCGACGUGUCCUCCGAGGGCGAGUGCAACAUCGCCUGGGAGAAGGACGACCUGCGCAUCCAGUCCGUGCCGAUCAUCUCGACGAAGAACGGCCUGGUGUACGGAUACACCCAGGCGGAGGAGUUCACGGACGACGGGCUGUAUGUGUGGUAUAUUGUGGCUCUGGACUGGAGGACGGGCGAGGAGGUGUGGAGGAUUCGUGCUGGCGCUGGUGGCACGUUCAACGAUGAUUACCAGCCUGGAGCGCUGGGUCCGGACGGCAGCUUCUACCAGAGUGUGAUUGGAGGGUUGAUCCGUCUGCAGGAUGGGGCUUAAUCGGUGAUGUUUCAUGGGGGUUGUUGAGACGUAUUGCUAUGGUGGUCUCGAUGUGUAGUCUGUCAGACGUGAUAUGAGGAGACAGCAGAAAUUACAUUAAUAUAUAUUAUGAUAAUCUUGAG